UGUAAACGUCACGUCCCAUUCACGUCCUCAUCGGUCACUGGCACUAUUAUAAAGUUCUUUCUCACAGAAAGUAGAUUUCCCAUUGAAAAGUAGUAGCGGAACCGGCUCACGUCAUCACGUAGAUUUCUUGUGUUCAUGGUGCAAUAGAAUUAUUAGUCACCGGCGCGUGUAUAAGUUAUUCAUCACAACAAGCAAUUCUGUUAGCAUUUACCGCUUGCUUACUCAGUGUCUAAUAAGUUUUUCAUCAACAAAGUCGUAUUAAAAUGAAUCCGUGGCAGCAAGGCCAAGCUGGAAACCCGCAACAACAACAAUACUAUCAUAAUAUCGGAUUCAACAACGCAGCCCCACAAUCCUUCGGGAACCCAUUACCAAUGCCAGGAUUCCCAACUAUGGGUUACCCAGCACCUCAGCCUGGUGGCGGUCCCGGUUACCCCCAGGUACCACAGGGUUAUCCCCAACAGAGCUCUGGAUAUCCAGGCCAACAAACAAAUCAGGGUUAUCCAAAUUCUGCUCAAGGGUACCCGUCUCAGGGUUACCCACAAGCUGCUCAAACAGGGUACCCACAAGCUCAACAAGGGUACCCUCCUGCUCAAAGUGCUUACCCGGGGCAGGGCGGGCAUGCCCAGCCGGGUUACCCGCAAGCUAGCCAAGGUUACCCUCAGGGUAACCAGGGGCAUUAUCAGGGGCAUCAACAGUAUCAGUCACCUGCACAUAGCCAUCAAGCUUACAGUGUGUCAUCCGUGCCUCAAUAUGAAAAGACGAAGCCCACAGUGGUACCGGUCAGCAAUUUCGACCCUCGGGAAGAUGCGGCGGUCCUUCGCAAAGCUAUGAAAGGCUUCGGCACAGACGAGAAAGCCAUCAUCCAAUGCCUAACGAGACGCACCAAUGAACAACGUCUGCGCAUCGCUUUCGAGUUCAAAACCCUGUAUGGAAAGGAUCUCAUAGCAGACUUAAAGAGUGAAACCAGCGGCAAGUUCGAGGAUCUCCUGGUGGCCCUCAUGACUCCUCUGCCCCAGUUCUACUCCAAGGAGCUCCACGAUGCCAUCGCGGGCAUCGGCACGGAUGAGGAUGUCCUCAUUGAGGUCAUGUGCACUAUGUCCAACCACGAGAUCAAUGUCAUUAAGCAAGCUUACACUGCCAUGUACGGAACCCUCCUUGAAGACGAUCUGCGUGGUGACACAUCUGGGAACUUCAAGAGGCUGAUGACAUCACUGUCUAUGGGUAACAGAUCUGAGGACUUCCACGUUGACGUCGACAAGGCUAGGGAAGACGCCAGGAGUUUGCUUCAAGCUGGUGAACUGCGUCUCGGUACGGACGAGUCGGUGUUCAACGCCGUGCUCUGCUCGCGUUCGUUCCCGCAGCUGAAGGCCAUCUUCCAGGAGUACCAGUUCCUCACUGGACAUGACAUCGAUGACGCCAUCAAGGCCGAGUUCUCCGGUGACCUUGAGAAGGCUCUGAGGGCUAUUGUGAAAAUCGUGCGCAACAAGCCCUUAUUCUUCGCGGAACGUCUCCACAAGUCGAUGAAGGGUCUCGGCACCAACGACCGCCAGCUCAUCCGCGUCAUGGUGACGCGGAGCGAGAUCGAUCUCGGCGAUAUAUCCGACAUGUUCCAGUCCAAGUACGGGGAGACGCUGCAGAGCUGGAUUGAGGGUGACUGCUCCGGCCACUACAAAAAGUGUUUGUUGGGUCUCCUGGGCCUGUACUAAGUAACCAGCCGGCCAGGCCCUCGGCUUAUAAAGUACAUCAAUAUUUAAGAUUCAUACAUUUUAUCUCAGACUCCAUAGUUAUUUGAUGUCAUUCACAUUUAUUUGUAAGUUCGUCUGAAGUAUCUCAAUGUUUUUUAAAUGUAAGUUUUUUCUAUACUUUUUGAAUGUGUCUAUGUAUGACUUUAUGCGUCAAUUGGCCUUUUUAAAGUUUUAAUCGAUCUGAUCAAGUUUCUUAUUGUAUUGAGGCGAAAUGUUAAGGGUUGCCAAAUAUUAAGAACAGCCAACAAAAACAAAUUUAAAAAUUAUUAUAAAAAAAAUGUUACAAAAUUACAUUUGAAAUCGCAUAAAAAUACUUAGCUUUAUUAAUUAAGCUACUUUCAUGUUUCUUAUGAUUAUUCCAUAGUGUUUUUUCAUGACUACUUUUUUACCCGACCGCCGAUAAGGGUAUGUUUCAUAAUACUACAUUAAAAUAUUCGAUUCAUUCGCGUGAUCUGAUAACAAAAAAUCUCAGCAAAAAGUAUUGAUAUAUUUAUAAAAUUAUUUAAAAUUUAAAAAUAUUAUGAAGACUACGAUUUUAAAUGUUUUGAUAUACAAUUGUUUAUUAUUGGAUAUACAUAGUUUUUUUUUUCAUACUUACAUUCUUAAUGUAAACGUGCCUUCGACUUAUGAUGUCUGAAAAUUAUAAUAAUACCUCUUUUAAGAGUAAAGAAUAUUGCCCCACAUUUUUUCAUACAUUUUUUAUAAUAUACGUACAAGAAAUAUUUUGUAUGUUGUAGAUGUAGUUCUUUCAAUGUUUAGUUUUAAGCCUUUCACAAUAUCUUCAAGUUAAAAUACCUACAAUAUGUUUUAAGAAGACAGUUAAGUUGAUUUAAAUCAGUUAAUAAUAUUUAUACCAAUUAAUCCUUGUUUGCAUUUACGUAUCAAGAUAAUAAAAUGAAAAGACGGUUUCUUUAUUUUUAUUACAACAUAGUUUAUUUAUUCAUCUGGUUUCUGGCUACAUUAUCAUUUACACUAUUAACUGAAAAUAUACUGCAUUCAUGCACCGAAGUUCCUGUUUGUCAUAAGAGUUUUUAAAUGUCCAAUGUUUAAUUUUUAUUAUUCUAUAGCACUUACACUCACAACAUAUUUUCUACGAAUAGAGGUAAUUUACAAAGUUUUUACUGGAAACUAAAAAAAAAAGAUUUUUACUACCUCUCCCACCUCACAAACUAGACAAUAGAUUUAAAUAUAAUUAUAUUUUCAAUAUAAAUAAAUGCUUGUACUGAUUUUACACAAUAUUAAUUGAUUUUAUACAAGAUUUGUCUCACGCGUUACAAAUGAGGUCAUCAGCUGUUUUAAAGUUCUGAAAAGUGGGAAUAUAAUUAAUAAGAAUUUCAUGAUAAUCGUGCCUAAAAUAAGCUUGUAAAAUUUGCUUGAUCGGUGCUUGAAAUCUCUCUAAUUGUGCCUAUCUACUGUUGCCUGAGCGUUUAUUGUUAAAAUGAGAGUAUUCCCCGUUUAUGCCCGACAAAGUUAUGUAUUUUCUACACUUAAAGAUGUGUAAUUUACAUUAUAAAUGAUGUAUAAGUCGAAUAAA